AUGCAUUCGCGAGAUACUAUUUGUGCUUUGCGUCUCCCAGUUGAGCUCAUCGAACAGAUUGUGGGCUACCUUGAAUGUGCAAAUCAUAUCAAUGCCCUCGCUCGCACUCAUCGGAACUUCUACCGCGCCGUGAAUCCCAUGCUGUAUCGACAUAAUGUACAUCAUAAUAACAGCUCUGCAUUAGCCUGGGGAAUCGAGCACAGAUGCCUCGCGACUGUGCAGAAGUCUCUGGAGGCUGGUGCCUCGGCGAACGAGUGUGAUCCGGACACUCUCUGGCGACCCAUGGCGUUGGCGGUGAUAGAGGGCGAUGAAGCCAUUGUCCGGUAUCUGUAUGAUCAGGGCGGAGUCGACAUCCGUCACACACGUAGGUGGCUCAAUCCGCGCCAUGAGGCCUAUGACAAAAGUCCUGGAAGUCUGUUGUUACUGGCCGCCGUACAUGGCCAUGAAGCCCUGGCCCGCUUCUUCAUGGAUCAUCUGCCGCGGCCGUACCAUGUCGAUUACCCUGCCGACUCGGACGGACGAACACCCCUUAUGGAAGCUGCUGCGGGGGGACAUUUAGCCAUUGUGCAGUGGCUGGUCGAUGCCGGAGCAAACAUCCACGCCCGGGAUCAUGAAAGUUGGACUCCCCUCGUACUAUCUGCGCGCGGGGGACACCUUGAGGUCAUGCGGUUCCUGCUUCAACGGGGAGCCGAUCCUACUAUUUCCACGGUACCGGAUGGAUGCUCCGCCUUGUGUUGGGCAGCGCGCCUGAGUCGCUUCGAAUGUGUUCGAGGUCUGCUCGAUGCAGGCGUGAUGGACCAGUUAACCCGCUGCCAAGGCUCAGAAUCGCCGUCGUCCCAUAAUGCUACGAUGUGUCCUCUUACGUCAAACACACUCUUGAAGUGUGACAUCAUAGUUGAUCUUCUCUUUGAACGAUGGGAUUACCUAGCUAGCACCGUUGAACCCGCAAACAAGGCUGCGCUGCUGUGUGUAGCCGCGGCGCGCGGGAAUACAGCUCUGGUUCGGCAGCUACUUGAGUGCCAUGGGUACGACCCAAAUUCUAGAUGUGGCCAAGUGUUCAUUUGGGACGAUCUUCCGACUGCUCUUUGCUGGGCUGUAGUUCGAGGUCACACCGAGGUGGUCCAGGUGCUCCUCGCUCACGGUGCAGAGGCAUCUCCAUCGCCGGGAGGGAUGCCCAUGGUCUCCAUGCUACUUAGCGCUGGGGCAGACCCCAAUGACCAGGAUGCACAGGACGGUUAUCCAGCAUUGAGACAUGCCAUCCCCUUCGAGGGCAUAUUCCGUCACCUGCUUGCCGCUGGGGCCGAUCCUAUCGCCGUAGACCGCCCAGGUGAUACUUUACCCGCCAUCGUUCUGGCAUCAGGUCGCACUGCACUAGUCCAGAUGCUGAUCGAUAAGGAAAUUGAUCCGCCGUGUCAUAUGGGUCUGGCCAAUUUCCUUCACCAAGCCAUCCGAGGGGGAGCGGCUGUUCUCGAUCUGCUCGUCCGGACGGGGAGAUGGAAUAGCUACAUCUUCCCAGAACACUUGAACAAAACCGCAUGCGAGCAGGCCCUCGUAAUCGCGGCUUCUACGGGGAAGAUUGAAACACUUCAGUGGCUGCUAGACAGAGGCUUUUCGGUGGCCCAUUUGUCGCCCACUGUCAACUUGAUCGCUGAAGCAGCAUGUACAGCUGCAUCCGAUGUAGACGCCGCCGAAACCAUCGAUCUGCUGCUUCAACACGGCCUGGACAUAAACAAACGCAUCCACGAACGCAUUGACCGUAAGACAGCAUUGGCACACGUUGCCUAUCACUACAAUCUGCAUACGGAUAACGACACCGGCCGCGUCCGCCUGCGCAUGCUGGUCGAUCGCGGCGCCCAUCUCCUGCCACCGCGCAGCCCUUCCGAGCGAUACAAUCCUUAUACAUCCACUACUGCAGUUUGUGUUGGUGUGAGCUCUGUGUUGGAUGAAAUGAUAUUCCAGGAGAUGGAGGCCCGGCGUGAGCCGUGGAUAGCGGUGGAAUGGCUCUUUAAGUACGCUGAGCUCGAUGCGCGUGACCGCUGGGAUUGGGAGGGAGUCAAGAUGAUAAAACGGUAUUCGUGGAGGGUGCGGUAUCCUGUACUUAGAUAA